AUGGAUGAUGAUAAACUUGUGAUGUUUGACGCCAAUGGCGCUAUUCGCAUGUACGAUCCGGAGAAGUUUGACGAGUUGCUGAAGGCCAUUGAGGUUGGAAAGCGCUUCACCACCCGCAUGGAUGACUUCAAGAGUAUUGUCAACCAAACCAUGACGAUUGUGGAGAAACUUGGAAAGGCCAUUGAAGAGGAGAAACUGAAGGCCAUUGGAUCUCGCAAUAUUGUGGAGAGUGAGGCGGAGGAAAGAUUCCGCACCGUGCAGGAGGCACAAGUGCGACUGCGUGAAAAACAGACAGAGUUGGAUCGAUAUGUGGUGGAGUACAACUCCCUUCGUAAAGUAGAAGAGGAACAGGAACUUAUCAUUCAGCGUUUGAGUCAAUCGGCACAGGAUUAA